CUUUAUUGGAAUAUGUCGGUGCUGAAAGGAAGCUCUGUCGACUAUCUGUGUACACAUGGAAAUUGUUUAUAAACGCAAUAUGUUUAGACUUUUUCCUGUAUGAAGACUGAACUCCAUGAAGAAGAGAACGGUGGGAGAAUGGACCAUAUCAGUGAUGUAUCGAUUUUAUAAAUGUAUUUGAAUAAAUUGACUUAAUUUUAAUUUUAAUUUUAAUUGAUAGAACUAUGGUUUUGAGGCGAUUAUUUUCCAAUUUUCCAGCAAUGUCGGUUCUGUUUGCGCAUGCGCGUGUGUGCAGCAGUUCAGCUGACCACAGCAGCAGUCAGAUGAUGAUGGCAGACUCUGGGAGUCACGAAGAAGUCGCUGUGAUCGGCAACACCGACAUCACGUCGACGGAAUCUGAGAACAACGUCAUCAACACGAUGGUGGAGAAGGAAACGUCGGAGAUGAGAACGCUGGAGAUCAAUGUGGCUGAAGCGGAGAAGCGGACAGGAAAGAACACUGUAAACAUGCAGGAAACCUACACAGUCUACCUCAUAGAGACACGGCCAGCUGAAACCGUCCCCGACGGGGUCACACCUGCAGCCCCUGACUCUCUCUGGAGACGCUACAGUGAGUUUGAGUUGCUGAGAACGUACCUCCUGGCCACCUAUCCCUACAUCGUCAUUCCUCCUCUGCCAGAAAAAAGAGCAGAGUUUGUGUGGCACAAACUCUCAGCAGACAACCUUGACCCAGACUUUGUGGAGCGGAGGAGAGUGGGUUUGGAAAACUUUCUUUUGCGUGUCAUGUCUCACCCUGUCCUCUCCAAAGACAAGAUAUUUUACCAUUUUCUCACAAAGGAGAAGAGCUGGAAGGAUGCAGUUUUGGAAACAGCCUUUCAAGAUAAGGUGGACCCCAGGCUGAAAUCAUUGAGCGCCAUGUUCAGAGUCAAGAACCCCGACAAGCGAUUUACAGCAAUGAAACAGUACAGCGAUGAACUGAACAGCGUAAUUUCACAGUUACUCAGAGUGCGAGCGAGAGUGGCAGACAGAUUAUAUGGAGUUUACAAGGUGCAUGGAAACUACGGCAGAGUUUUCAGUGAGUGGAGCGCAAUAGAGAAGGAGAUGGGCGACGGACUGCAGAGCGCUGGUCACCACAUGGACACGUACGCAGCAUCUAUAGAUGACAUCUUGGAGGAAGAAGAGCACUACGCUGACCAGCUAAAAGAAUACCUGUUCUACACUGAAGCUGUCAGGUCGGUGUGCAGGAAACAUGAACUGAUUCAGUAUGAGCUGGAACUGGCUGCUCAAGACCUCUCCUACAAGAAGCAGCAGAAAGAGGAGCUGGUCACUGGGACGAUGCGCGUCUUCUCCCUGAAGGGGAUGACCAGCAAGUUGUUUGGCCAGGAAACUCCGGAGCAGAGGGAGAUCAGGUUGGCUGCUCUGGAGCAGAGUAUCCAGGAAGGAGAGGAAGUGGUCAAACAGAAGAACAGGGAGUGCCAAGAGUUUGUGCAAACAGCCUGGGAGGACGUUGAGCGUUUCAAGGAGCAGAAGGACGGAGAUUUACGCGAAGCACUUAUCAGUUACGCCAUAAUGCAGAUCAGCAUGUGCAAGAAGGGAAUUCAGGUGUGGUCCAAUGCCAAAGAGUGUUUCAACAAGAUGUGACUCAGCGCUGCUCUUGACCACUGCCCAGCUCUUUGUUAGCAGAACUCUUGGACAUCCAUCUUUCAGACUUCCUCUGAGUCCAAUCCGGGGAUCUUCCUUCUUUUAAAUCACUCUAACACCACAGAAUGCGAGACACUACAGCAGGUCAUAAAACACGGACUAAUAUUCUUAUCUCGCCCCGAACGUCUGGAAUGUAGGCCUGGGUGCUACUUUAUAUUUCGUCACAGGAAAUUGCACAUUUCAGGAAGUGGACCGUUUGACUUAUUGCGGGGUGGCCCAACCUCGAAUAACAGACUGUGGUAUGUGCUUUUCUUUUAGCGGGGUCACACACUUCUGCUUCAUGUGGGGCUCUUUCUGUGUGGCAAUUUUUUUACUUUAUGAGCUUUUGCCAAAAAAAAACAGCUUUUGUAGCCACCAAAGCAAAAAAAAAACACUUUCACACAUGGAGUCCAAGACUGGUUGCCUUAAUCUUAGUUUUCGGUUCACCGGAAAACUAAUGAACUGAUGUAAAAUAAUCAUCGAAUUAUUACUAAUUUAAAUGUCUGUUGUAAUUUAAUGCCUUUCUUGUCUGUCACACUAAAGAAAGCAAAAGUGCCAAAGGAGCGUCACUUAAAUUCCAUCCAUGUCUGUAUGAUUUUAUUACUAUUGCUGAACGGGAGAUUACGUGAUUGUCACAGCACUAAUAAACAUUUUCAGAUUGUGUCAU